AUGAACCCUCAUCAACAACACCACCUGCACCCCUCCCGCUCGCAGGUGCCGCGGCCCGCCUACAUCCCGCCCCGCCUGCUGCCGCAGCCGCCGGACCCGGAGUCCGUCGCGCCGCCCCCACCGCCCCCGCAACAAGACGCGCCGCCAGCCGCGCCCGCGGCGGCGGCGGCGGACAUUCACAUUGAGGCCACGCCUGUGGUGGUGCUGUCGUUUCCGGACGAGCCGGCUGUGGGCGGCAGCGGGGCUGGGGACAUGGGCAUGCCUCAGGAGCGGCAGCCGCCAGAGGCGUCCUCAGAGGUGCUAGUGGCUGGAAUUGUCGCACAUGCAUCGGUCGAGGCGAGCAACGCAGUAGAUGAGGGGAUUGCAGAGGAUGAGGUCGGGGCCGGACGGGAGGGGGAUGAGGACGAGGGGGAAGGCGCGUCGCCGCUGCAGCUCGUGCCGUCGGUGGUGCUCGCCGCCUCGUCGCGCCCGGCGUCCGCGGCGACGAAGGCUGCGGCGGCGGCAAAGGCUGCGGCGCCCGGGCGCGCGACGGAUGCCUCUGGCGGCAGCCGCGCAGCCUCCGCGCGGCGGCCGCUGGCGCACCUGAGCGCCAGGGAGCUGGAGGAGCAGUGGGCCGCGGCGACGCACCGCAGCGAUGACGUCACCACAGCCGCCCCUGCCGCGCCCGCAACGGCGGGCAUGCCGGCCGCACGCGCCCCGGCUGUGGCAGCGGUGGGCGGGGCAGCGGGGCCGGCGGCGGAGCCGAUGGUUUGGCUGAGUUUCGCGGCGCCGUUUGCGGAGCCGCCGCCGCUCGCUCUGCCGCCGAGGCCAGAGGCCGGGCCAGAGCCUGAAUACCAGCAGCCGGCGCUCGAGCCCGGUCCGGCGCCAUUUGUGGCGCCGGCUGAGCAGGUGGGUCGGCUGGGGGUCCGGGGCCUGGGCCUGUUUGCCGCUUAG